CGACAACCUUGCAGGUUGAAUUGCAACAAGGCUCUAAAGACCAAGGAAGAUCGAGUGAGAAUCUCUAGGGGAGGACGGGAGAUGGGUAAAAGAAACCUAACGAAAUGGACGGCAACAAUGAUCGACCUAUUUUCCCUCCCACCCAGGGGCGCAAGGCCGGCAUUUUUACAGCUACACGCAGUACACAAUCAUGGCAGUACACAGCAAGCGUUGGACCACCACCUCUGCCGCCCUUUCCCGGAUGAUGGAUCGAUGCAACCCCAGCGCCAGAAUGUCCGCCGAAAAUCGCAGGGACCGCCAUUUGUACAUACACCUAGGUGCUGCAUUGUUGUGCUCAGCAACCUUACCAUCACUGAUUCCAACAUGGUCCAUCAACAUGCUGCAGGUGCACCACAGCCGAACGGGAAAGGGCAGAAGACAGACUGCUGGCUCCUGGAUCAUAUGGAGCUUGAGGACGUUGCCGGUGCGGAGCGGUACGGCGCAUCAUCCUCGUCGCUUCGUCGCUUACACCGGCUGUGGUCUUCCAAUGCUUCCAGACGAUUCUCCAUUCUCGUGGGUUGGGGUUACCUAUCCGGACUUUACCUUACCUUGGGAAAUUGGGGGUGGUCUGUUUCUGUUCUUGUCCGUCCCCCGUAUCCGAUCGAGAUCAGGAUCAGGAUCAGGCCCUUGCCAAAAACGAACCGAGAGAAGGAAAGGAGAAAAAAAAGCCGUUGCUUAUCCACCGGUAGCCAGCGGGAGACUGAGAGCUGCGUUUCCAGUGCUACCGAUUCGGGCGCACUCGAGCGCCGCGGGAUGACUUUUGAUUUCGGACGUUUCUCAUCUCGUGCGUGGAACAACGGACGGUGGCCCGGAUGUCAGGUCAGAUCCCCCCAAAUUCGGUGUCAGUCAAAGUACGGAUACACAAAUUGGUCCAGGAACCGGGCAUUGGCGCCGUAAUUAGCCAUGGCGCUGGGAUUGGCACCUGGGACGACGACCAAGCACAGUCAUCAAAUCAACCUCGAGUGAGACGUUGGACUGCCUGGUCAGACGGCACAUCGACCCCUACUCGUUCUUCGCUCCCAUUGCUUGGGUUAGCUUCGCUCAGCAUGA